AUGAGUGAAUUUAAAUUACAUCAUUUAGUGGUUGAAUUAAUUGGACUACUAGGGUCAUCUUCUGCACCAGAAAAACAUGUAGAGAAAUUACAAAAAGAAGGUGUACCAACAAGUACAAGUGCUUUAACUAUUGUUGCUUCCCAAAGUUCUAUUCGUAAUUUAGCUAAAAAUUCUCCAGUUCCUGAGUUAUUUCUUCAAAAGUAUGAAGAAUUGAAAGCAAAAAAGGUAGAUUUAUUAGGUUUAUUUAUCCAGGUACUGGAAUUGAUAUCUGAUGAUAAAGAAUUAAAGAGUUAUUUGGCUAAACAAACAUCAACUUUAACAUCAAGUUCUACAAAGAAUGCUGCCAUUACUACAGAAGACUUACCACAGAUUUGUAAGAAUGUGAUUAAAGCUGCUGUGGAAGGAGAGAAAAAGUUAAAUAAACAAGUAUGUGCAAUUACAAAGAAAACAGAACCAUCUGUAAUAAAACACAAUUGGGUUCGUGAAAGGCCUCGAAUAACUUGGGACUUCUAUAAUGAAUCAAAUGUUACACCAUGCCAGAAAGUUGUACCAAUAAUCUCUCAAGAAUCAACAUUACUUUGGGAUAUUUUAUAUUGCUUAAAAGGUAUAGAUGGAACUUACAUUGUUUCUGAGCCAUUAACAGGUCCAUAUGCAGUGAAAACAUUUAGCAUAUCUCCAGAUGUUGGUAUUUCAUAUAAGCAAAUGACACAACAGAUAUUACCACUUGCUUCUCAUUAUUCCAUGACAACUAGAUUCGUUGAAGAAAAAGUUUUACCAGAAGAUGGUCAAGUGAAUCAUGCUUUAAGAGGAGCUAUAAAAAGUUUAUUAAAAGAUUAUUUAUUAUUCGUUGUACAAUUGGAAAUGGAACAUGUACGCGGCAAAUUAAAUUUGCAAAAGUUGUGGUUUUAUAUUCAACCUACAAUGAUCGCAAUGUCCAUUCUUUUUCAAAUUACAUCCACUAUAUGCAAGGCAAAUGCAAAAGGUGGAAAAGUUCUUAGUCUUCUGCAUGAGCAAGCGAAUAAUAUCAGUGGUGAAGCAAAAUUUAAAGAAUUAUGUUUGUUUCUUAUACAAACAGCAAGUGUUCCAUAUAUGCAGAUAUUAGAGAAAUGGGUAUACAAAGGAGUAAUAUGUGACCCAUAUGAAGAGUUUUUCGUAGAAGAUAAUGAAUUAAUUCAAAGAGAGGAAUUGCCUAUAGAUUAUUCUGCAGAUUAUUGGGAAAAGAGGUAUACUAUGAGACCAGAGAGAAUACCUACUUUUCUUAAUGAACAUGCACAAACAAUUUUAAGAACUGGAAAGUAUUUUAAUGUAAUAAGGCAAUGUGGUAAAACAGUUCAAUGGGGAAAGCAGGAACCUUUAAUAUAUCAACAUCAAGGGCAGAGAUAUAUAGCUGUUAUUGAUAGAGCAUAUUCUGAAGCUGCAAAGACUUUAUUAGAAGUCCUUAUUCAGGAAAAUGACUUAAUGGGGCGUCUUCGUAGUGUAAAGAGUUAUUUUCUUCUUGCACAAGGAGAUUUUAUGGUUCAAUUUAUGAAUCUUUGUGAAACUGAGUUAAAUAAAAAUAUGUACGAUAUCGUCAUUCAUCGAAUAGCAUCUCUUCUCGAAGUUGCAUUGCGUAUGUCCACUGCAGACUCAGAUCCAUACAAGGAUGAUCUGAAACCAGAACUUUUACCAUAUGAUCUUCAAUUCCAAAUGUUUAGAAUACUUUCUAUUCAAACUAGAGAAGAGAAAGAAUAUUGUUUUCAGACUGAUAAAACUUUAACUGGUUUGGAAGCAUUUGUAUUCAAUUAUGAUGUUAAGUGGCCUGUGUCUUUGAUACUUAACAGAAAAGCAAUAGCUUGCUAUCAAAUGUUAUUUAGACACUUGUUUUAUUGCAAAUAUAUUGAAAGACGUUUAUGCAGAGUAUGGGUCAGCAAUAAAAUUGCAAAAACUUUUACUCACAAUGUAGCAAUGUCAUAUAGACAAGCAUUUUCAUUGAGACAACGAAUGCUCGAUUGCGUUCAACAUUUGGCAUAUUACAUGAUGGUCGAGGUUAUAGAACCGAAUUGGCUUACAUUUAUAAGUAAAAUGAAUAAGGUCAGUAAUGUGGAUGAUCUUGGUUGUAUUACCGGCAUCUGUACUGCCUGUAUUGAAUUUUGCAAUUUCAUGGAACGUAUGAGCCCAUACUACAUUGACGCCGAAUUGACGUCCAUGAUUGGCGCCUGUCAGGAAGAUGUCUAUGAUUCUGAGGAUGAAGAUGGAGAUAUGUCCAAAGAGAAUGCAGCUAGUUUCGAAGAAACUAUCAUAUCGUUGGACGAGAAGUUUACUCAAGUAUUAAUUCGUCUUUUAGACAGAAUCUGUGAUCUAGGGUGUGAUAACAACAAUGAAAAACUUCUCAACGUCUUUUGCAGGCUAGAUUUCAAUUUAUUUUAUACCGAUAUUUUAAUACGACGUGGAAGAGAAAAGACGACACAAGAAGAUGUUUCGGGGUAA